UCGAAGAACAGUUACAGUUACAUCUGUUUCAACAUGCGCAUGUUGUGUCGAAUGUAAUCUGUAUCUUGGCAAUAGAUAGACGCUAGACAACCAGGUGUUGCCAUUACAUUAUCAAACUAGGCCAAGACUGCUGCUGCACACACGAUUCUCUCCCUCACUCUCUCUCUCCGUCUGCUGUAUAAAAACAAGGGACAGUUGCAGUUGGGCCAACAGUUGAACUUUGUCUCUAACCCUAACACAACCACACAACAACACACAAAAAUGAAUCGCAGUCUGCGCCUUAUCCUGCUCCUGGGCACACUCGUCUGUCUUGUUAGCGCUCUUGGCGGCGAUGGUGAAGGCAACGAUUACACUUGGGGCACCAAGGCCACAACGGACACACUCAUCGCUCAGGAAACAAUCACCAAACGCAAGUCGCUGCUGUCGACGACUACAAAGACAUACACGCUCACCCAGGCGGGCACGGCCAAGACUAUCGAUUACAUUCACAUUACCGACCUGAAGCGUAUGCGUGGCGCCACCGCUGAGAUCACAUCCGGCGGCGUGGGCUCCACCACAGUGACUGUGAAAUUCACUUCCGCUCUGGGAGCUGGUAUUAAAUCUCAGAUCGAGAUCUGGGGAGCAUAAUAAACUUGUAUUUAUAUUAUAUCUAGAA